UUGAAAACCUGUUGUGUUGGUGUUUCCUUUUUAGCUUUCCCUCAAGCUAUAGAAUCCUCUAUGUUCUCAUCUCUCCCAAGUACUUCUCUUCCAUUUAUCUUCCUUCUUCUUUUCUAGUUUUACACAAACCCUUUUUUCCCCUUCCAAAUUUCCUAUCUUUAUUUGUUUUAUUUUAGAGAGAAAUAAUUUUGUUGAAAGAACAAAGAGCCAAAGACAUAGAUAGUUACUCCAGAGAUUUUGUAAGAGAAGAGCAAGGAGAAAAUGGCGGCGGUUUUUCCCACCUGGAUUUUGAUAGCGGCCUUGCUUUUUGAGGCUGCAGUGGUUAUGGGUAGUUUUCCUGCAACUUUGAAGCUAGAGAGAAAAAUUCCUCUGGCGAGUCAUGAGUUGGAGCUGAGUCAACUCAGAGAACGAGAUAGACUCAGGCACGGAAGGUUGUUGCAGUCUUCCUCUGGUGGCGUUGUGGAUUUUCCUGUUAUGGGGACCUAUGAUCCAUUUCUUGUUGGGUUAUAUUAUACAAAAGUACAAUUAGGGUCACCUCCAAGGGAAUUUUAUGUACAGGUUGAUACUGGAAGUGAUGUUUUAUGGAUAGGGUGCAAUUCCUGCAAUGGUUGUCCUCAAUCUAGUGGACUUCAAAUUCAGCUUAAUUUGUAUGAUCCGGGAAGCUCAUCAACAGCUUCAUUAGUCUCAUGUUCAGACCAAAGAUGCAGUGCAGGUCUCCAAUCAUCGGAUUCCGGCUGUUCGGCUCAGAGCAAUCAAUGCAGUUACACAUUUCAGUAUGGAGAUGGUAGUGGAACAUCAGGCUAUUAUGUAGCGGACUUGUUGCAUUUUAAUUCAAUUCUUGAAGGAUCUGUGAUUACUAAUUCUACAGCACCCAUUAUGUUUGGGUGUAGCGUGUUGCAGACCGGGGACUUGACAAAGUCCGAUAGAGCUGUUGAUGGAAUAUUUGGAUUUGGGCAGCAGAGUUUAUCUGUAAUCUCUCAACUUUCAUCACAGGGAAUAACUCCCAAAGUUUUUUCCCACUGCUUAAAAGGAAGUAAUAGUGGUGGGGGUAUACUUGUUUUUGGCGAGAUUUUGGAGCCGAAUAUGGUUUACACUCCACUUGUCCGAUCACAGCCUCACUAUAAUCUUGAUCUGCGGAGCAUUUCAGUUGGUGGACAAGUUUUAUCAAUAAACCCAUCAGUGUUUUCUACAUCAAACAACCAAGGAACAAUAGUUGAUUCUGGGACAACGUUAGCAUACCUAGCUGAUGAAGCUUAUGAUGCUUUCAUGAGUGCUAUCACAAAUGCUGUUUCACAAACCGUGCGCCCUAUUCUUUCCAAAGGAAAUCAAUGCUACCUUAUAACCUCCAGUGUCAACGACAUAUUCCCUCAAGUUAGUCUGAACUUUGCUGGUGGUGCAUCCAUGAUUUUAAAUCCGCAAGACUAUCUUGUACAGCAGAAUUCUAUCUUCCAAAGUGGAAGUAUAUUGAGACAAGCCCUAAAACCUAACGGUGGUUCUGCAAGUUGGUGCAUAGGCUUUCAGAAAAUUCAGGGUCAAAGGAUAACAAUUUUAGGAGAUCUUGUUCUAAAAGACAAAAUCUUUGUAUAUGAUUUGGUGAAUCAACGGAUCGGAUGGACCAACUAUGACUGUUCAAUGUCGGUCAAUGUCUCAACAAAUAUCAACACAGGAAGAACUGAAUUUGUCAACGCGGGGCAGAUGAGCAAUGAUGGUUCAUCGCGGGAUCAAGUACGGGGCAUGCUAGCUUUACUUCUACCUAUAAUCAUGCUUACCGGUCUACUGUUCUUGUAGCAUAUCCUGUAAGGAUUCCGCCAUGUAAAAUUACAGGUUUCAGGGGUUUACUGUGAUUGAGUGUAGUGUAAAUUACAUUCAUACAUGUUCUUUUGUGGCAGUAAAUUUAAUUUAUACUAGCCUUCUUGCAUUUGUUACUUUAA